AAUAAUACAUAAAUAAUAAAUAAUGAUAAGAACUUGAAUGGAAUGCGAUAAAGAGAUAGACUAUGAUCCUCUUGAAUGCAGGCUGCGAUGCCAAUACUGCAUCUGUUGCACUUUGGACAAUUGGAAUGAAGCUAGUAAAUAUGAGGUUGAUGAUUUGAAGAGAUGUGUAUGUGGCCAUGUUGUAACUCAGAAUUCAGUAGAAGAUUUUAAGGUCUUGGUGGAAGCUUAUGGGUCUGAAGACGAUAAGAGAAGGAUAAAGAAUCUCUGUCAAGAGGAGGAUUUAAAUUGGCAGGAUCCAAGUGCUGAUGGCACUGCUUUAAUAGCAAAAAGUAUUAUGGUUAGCAAUGAUGAAGAUCAAAAUGGCUUGGUUAUUUGAGUGAUAGUUAGAUUGGUCAUGUUAUUGAUAGUAGCAAAAAUCUUUGCUUUUGCUCAUCUCUUUCUUUUUGGAUAUAGCUAUUUUUCAGAAUUAUCAACAUUGGCAUUUGAAGUGUUGAUUACAGAGCAAGGAAACUAUAUCUUGAUAUAAGAAUCUCACAAGAGUUUCCUUUACUAAUUUACUUUUGGAUUCUUUAUAAAUUAGAAGCAUCCAUAUUGGAUCAUGAUAUUCCUAUUUGUCUUCACUUAGUCCUGAAGCUCAAUUUUGGAAUCACUACAAGAGAAUUGUGUGAUUAUGGGUUUAUAUAUUUUGUUAUUGUGUAUUGCUUUAUAAAAUAUACAGGAUCUCCAAUUUUCUAUCUCUAUUUGUUAUUAUCCUUUUUAAUCAUUUUAACUAAACUUGUUGUUUUUGUUUCAAACAAAAUAACAUACCUGAUUCUUGGGAAAGAGUAUUUGAUGCACUGCAUAAGGGAAUAUUAGUGAAACUUCAGACAAGCUGCAAGACACCACUGCUGGCAAACAAAUUUUUA